AUGGCUGCACGAUACGCAAGCUUCGAGGCUCCUUUAAUAAUAAGUCCCGCUCAACUGCACCAGAACUUUAAAGAAAACCAACAUGUCGCAAUUCUCGAUACUACUUGGUUCAUGCCCAACUCCCCUCGUAAAGCCUACGAUGAAUUCCAAAAGAGAAGAUUACCAGGCGCACAAUUUCUUGACCUUGAUAAGGUUGCGAGUUCUCAUGAGUUGGGUUUGAAGCAUAUGAUGCCUUCGGCUGUCCAAUUCGCAGAUGCUUGUGAAAAACUCGGUAUCCAGCCCUCUACACACGUAGUAUUAUACGAUGCUCAUGGCGUCUUCUCCUCUCCACGAGCAUUGUUCAUGUUUAGAAAUCUCGGACACUCUAAUUCGAGCAUCUUGAACGGGGGACUUCCUCUCUGGGAUGCAAAAUCUUUCCCAAUUGACACGAAUCCUCCAAGCUCGCCGCCUUCGAAAUCUCAAUAUCCUCCCCCUGCACUUGAUCAGAAUGCUAUUCGGAGUUAUGAGCAAAUGGUAACUAACUCUGCGUUGAAUCCGUCCAGCUCUCUUGAAGCCGAGCUGGUUAUUGAUGCGCGCUCAGCUGGGCGAUUCACAGGAAAAGAUCCAGAACCCCGUCCAGGUCUUUCGUCAGGUCACAUACCCAAUUCUUUUUCUCUUCCUUUCAAUUUGUUCCUCAAGACUGAACAAGGAUCACAAGGAUCAACCUACACGGUUUUUCGAGAGACUGAUGAAAUUCGUACAGAACUUGACAACGCUGUUGGAGCUGCGCAAGCAGAGCGUAUCAUCAACGGUGAAGCGACUGCUGUAACUACAUGUGGUAGCGGAAUGACAGCUGGAGUUAUUUGGCUUGGCUUGAAGCUGUUGGGUGCCCCGAAACUCAGCCUGUAUGAUGAGUCUUGGACUGGUUAUGCUAUGAGGCCUACAAGCAGGAUCGAGAUGGCUUAG